GUUGAGCCGAGUAGCACACCCGCAUACCGCCGCCACACAGUUUUGACAUAGUUAAAUGCGUAAUAAAACUUGGCGCUCACUCUGCUUAUCGUCAGAAGCUCCAGGUAAGGUAGCACCAUGGAGGUGGACGACAUCAUGCAGCUACUGGGGGGAUACAAGCCCUUUCAACUGGUGGCAUACCUCUGUCUGGGACUCCUGUACAUGAGGGGGUCGUGGCAUGUGUUCAGUCCAAUGUACCUGGGCUUUGACCCUGGCCAUCACUGCACACCAGCCGCCAACACCUCGCUCAACCUCUCCAUCCCGUGGAAGGAGGAGGAUGGGGUGUGGGGGUGGGACAAGUGUAAGAUGUUCGCCACCCCGGGGGAGGGGAAUGCCACCGUUGCCUGUCAGAAUGGAUGGACAUACAGCUUUCUGCCAGGAGAGACUUCAUUCCUAGCUGAGUGGAACUUGGUGUGCGACAAGGAGUACCUCGUGGAGCUGUCCACUACCAUCUACAUGGUAGGCACUACCUGUGGAGCCUUGUUCCUCUCCCCGCUGUCUGAUGUGUUUGGGAGGAAGACUGUCAUGCUGGCCUGUCUGUGGGCCCAGGCUGUUUUAGGCUUCGGCUUGGCCUGGGUGACAGACCUCAUCACGUACACAGUUGUCAGAUUCUUCAUCGGACUCUUGAACAUGACAAUUGCUCUGUGUGUGUCUGUAUUACUCAACGAAACCUUCGCCUCAACACAUCGUCUCUUGCCCGCUGUCAGUGUCCAGUUCUUUUGGGCUAUGGGCAUAAUGUUGCUGGCUUUAUUUGGCUACCUGGUGAGAAACUGGCGCCAUCUUGAAAUGCUCAUCUCGCUGCCCAACCUCCUCAGUAUUGGCUGCAUAUGGUUAUUAUCGGAGUCCGUUCCCUGGUUGGUCUCAAAGAAAAAGGUGGAUGAGGCCGAGUCAGUGCUCCACCGUGCUGCCAAGAUGAACAAGAUCGCUCUACCUAUUGAUAUCCGCCGCAAGCUUGAAGAUGUAGCCCAGGGGACAUCCUCCACGGCGGAGGGUUCAGUUGGCGUUCGGGAGCAUGGCCUUGAUCGAGAAUGGUCUACGACAAAGCCGGAGCUGGAGAAAUCGGAGGGAUUGGUGAUGCCCGAAGCUACUGAAUCCUAUCUCGCAGCAUUUGGUCUUCUUUGCAUACCAAAGAUUAACAUUUACUGUUUCAUCAUGUUCUUUUUAUUUUUGGCCAACAGUCUGGGGUAUUUUGGAGUACUAUUCCUGACGCCAACCCUGGACGGUGAUCGUUUCCUGAACCUGUUCUUGAGUGCUCUUGUGGAGAUACCGGCGUAUAUCAUCGCAUACGCCAGUAACCGAUGUAUCGGCCGGCGAAUUCCCAUGAGUGUGUUCCUCCUCGUCUGCGCCGUCUCAAACAUUGGCGCCAUCUUUGUUCCAAGUACUGCCGCUGACGGAAGUGAUAUAUCCUGGUUGAAGACAACCUUGGUGAUGAUUGGGAAGUUCGGCAUCACCGGAUCUUACUCAACCGUGUAUCUGUAUGCCUCAGAGAUGUUCCCCACGUCCGUCAGGAACCACGCUCUGGGAAUGUGUUCCUUUUUUGAAAACAUUGGUAGCAUGGCAGCACCAUUCAUGGUCCUAGCGGCAAAGACAAAGACUUACCUCCCCUUGUCCAUAUUCGGUGGUCUGACCGCGGCGGGUGGGCUGCUGGUGCUCGGACUGCCAGAAACUCACAAGCGCCCCCUACCCCAAACUGUGAAAGAGGUACAGAGUUGGGGGCGUGGCAGGGGGUAUCUCAGGUCCAUGACUGGGUCGGUGAACCAUGCCUUUGACACGAAAAACUGACAGGAACUAUUCACAGGUUGAUGUCAUCUGUCGAGUCUGAGAGUCUUGUACAACGUAUGAAACACCAUGCUGACAGCAUUAGAUAAUUAGUUUUUAACUAGUGUCUAUAAACUGUGUGCUUGUAAGAUAUACAUGUAGUCAUUGUAAGCAUAUCUUUGCUGUAUAUCUGGGUUCAUCCAGUUACGUGUGUGCUACUUGCUAUCCCUUACCUAUUGUCCGCAGAUCACAACAUAUCAUAUAUGUCAUUUCACUGGUUGAAGUCAUGCCUUCUCAAUUGCGGUGUAGGAAACUACAUCUAAACUUCAUUAUAUGCAGAAGCCCAGAAGUUGUUAUCCAUUGUUUGUGCUUUCUCAUGUACUCACCAAUCAUACAGUUAGUCUAAAUGAUCAUUUGUUCCACCUACAGUGCACUACAGUUAUAACAAACUCAAAGGGACCUCUAAUUUUUGUUGGUAUAACCCUAGUUUGUUAUACGCAUUUCAAAUAAAAUAUACAGCAAUAUAUUAGCCCAAAACAGUUAGUUACAUGCGUCUGUUUGUUACAAGUGUAGUUUACUGUAGAUAGAAAAGCAGAUUAUGAAGUCGCUUCCCUUAAAAUAAACAUCCAAACUUGUAAAACAUUUCAAUAACAUACGAGAAAAUAAACGUGAUAUUUCUAA